GACGCUGGGCAGCGGGUCUGACGUGGCAGUCCAGCUCUGGGAGUGGAGCAGGGAGUGGAGACUCGGGCAGGAAAAGGAGCGGAGGAGCGGUCUCCAGGCCACCGGCACGAGGAGCCGAGCCUCAGGGUUCUUUUGUAGAACUAUCCUUGGGAAUGGUAUUUUCACAAUGAGCCAACAAGGUUACGUGGCCACACCCCCUUACUCUCAGUCCCAGCCUGGAAUAGGCCUUUCUGCUCCUCAUUAUGGGCACUAUGGGGAUCCUUCCCAUGCCGCUUCUCUGCCAGGCGUGAUGAAGCCACCGGGGCCUUUGGGGGCGGCUGCCCCUGGGGCCAUGCUACCUCCCCUACCUCCUGGACCACAGCAGUUUGGCCAGAAUGGAGCCCAUGCCUCCAGUGCCCCAGGCCCGCCUCCCCACAGGUUUGCAGGCCCUGCGCCGGUGGGCAAUGUGGCCUCCGCGUACCAGCCCUCUGCACAGCCAUCCUACCCGAGUCCCAUGUCCACCCCACCUGUCGUCCAGCUGGGCGGCCAGCUUGGGGCCAUGCAGCUCGACAGCCAUGGUCCCGGUGCGGGCCCCACGGGCCCUGCUGCAUUCCAGGGCCCUCCACUGCCCGCAGCGCCCUCCAUUCUACAGCCUGGCCCCCGGGUGCUGCCGCCGCCACCCACUGCGCUGAACGGCCCGGGCGCACCCCCACUGGCCGCCGGCGCCGCCUUCCCGCCGCAGGCAGCCGGCUACGGCCCGCAGAUGGGCGCACCCGCAUCCUACCCGGGAGGCCUCCCUGCAGGUCCCGCGCGCAUGGCUGGGCCACAGCCCCCGAAGCAGCUGGACCCGGAUGCCGUCCCCAGCCCAAUCCAGGUGAUCGAGAGUGACAGAGCUGCCAGAGGGGGACAGGUGUAUGCCACCAACACCAGAGGCCAGGUCCCGCCCCUGGUCACCACGGACUGUGUGAUUCAGGACCAAGGCCACGCCAGUCCUCGGUACAUCCGCUGCACCACCUACUGCUUCCCCAGCUCUUCCGACCUGGCCAAGCAGGCACAGGUCCCGCUGGCCGCAGUACUCCAGCCCUUCGCCACGCCCCCUGCUGACGAGACGCCCCUCUACCUGGUGAACCACGGAGAGAACGGGCCAGUCAGGUGCAACAGGUGCAAGGCCUACAUGUGUCCCUUCAUGCAGUUCAUCGAGGGCGGCAGGAGGUAUCAGUGUGGGUUUUGCAACUGUGUGAAUGACGUCCCACCCUUCUACUUCCAACAUCUGGACCACCUCGGGAGAAGACUGGACCACUACGAGAAGCCCGAGCUUUCCCUGGGGUCUUAUGAGUACGUUGCCACGUUGGACUACUGCAGGAAGAACAAGCCUCCCAACCCCCCAGCCUUUAUCUUCAUGAUCAACGUUUCGUACAGCAACAUCAAGAGUGGUCUGGUCAAGCUCAUCUGUGAGGAACUGAAGACGCUGCUGGAGCAGUUACCAAGGGAAGAACAGGAAGAAACGUCUGCAGUUCGAGUUGGCUUCAUCACCUACCACACAGUUCUCCACUUCUUCAACGUGAAAAGCAACUUGGCCCAGCCUCAGAUGAUGGUGGUGACAGAUGUUGGAGAGGUGUUUGUUCCUCUGCUCGACGGGCUCCUUGUCAGCUACCAGGAGUCCCAGUCGGUGAUUCACAACUUACUGGACCAGAUUCCCGGGAUGUUCUCGGACUCCAGCGAGAGCGAGGCCGUCUUCGCUCCUGUGGUGCAGGCCGGCAUGGAGGCUCUGAAGGCCGCAGAUUGUCCUGGCAAGCUGUUCAUCUUCCAUUCCUCCUUGCCAACUGCCGAAGCACCAGGGAAGCUCAAAAACAGAGAUGACAAGAGGCUGCUCAACACAGACAAAGAGAAGGUUCUUUUCCAGCCCCAGACCAGUGUCUAUGAGUCUCUGGCCAAGGACUGUGUGGCCCAUGGCUGCUCCGUGACCCUCUUCCUCUUCCCCAGCCAGUACGUGGAUGUGGCCUCCCUGGGCCUCGUUCCUCUGCUCACGGGAGGGACUCUUUACAAGUACAGCAAUUUCCAGAUGCAUGUGGACAGCCAGCAGUUCCUCCGCGACCUCCGGGGCGACAUCGAGAAGAAGAUCGGCUUUGAUGCCAUCAUGCGGGUGCGCACCAGCACAGGGUUCAGAGCCACCGACUUCUUCGGCGGGGUCUUCAUGAACAACACCACGGACGUGGAGAUGGCCGCCCUGGACUGUGACAAGGCAGUGACGGUGGAGUUCAAGCAUGAUGACCGGCUGAGCGAGGACAGCGGCGCCUUGAUCCAGUGUGCUGUGCUCUACACCACGGUUGGGGGCCAGCGGAGACUGCGCAUCCACAACCUGGGCUUGAGCUGCAGCUCCCAGCUGGCCGACCUGUACAAGAGCUGCGAGACGGACGCCCUCGUCAACUUCUUCGCCAAGUCCGCUUUUAAAGCAGUUUUACACCAGCCUGUGAAGGUCAUCCGGGAAAUCCUAGUUAAUCAGACUGCACACAUGUUGGCGUGUUACCGGAAGAACUGUGCCAGCCCGUCUGCAGCCAGCCAGCUCAUUCUACCAGAUUCCAUGAAGAUAUUGCCAGUGUACAUGAACUCCUUGCUGAAAAGCUGCGUGCUGCUCGGCAGGCCCGACACCCCCACAGACGAGCGGGCGUUCCAGAGGCAGCUGGUCAUGACCAUGGGAGUGGCGGACUCGCAGCUCUUCUUCUACCCACAGCUCCUGCCAAUCCACACCUUGGAUGUCAAGAGCACAGCCUUACCUGCUGCCAUCCGCUGCUCCGAGUCCCGUCUCUCAGAAGGAGGGGUCUUCCUGCUGGCCAACGGUCUGAACAUGUUCUUGUGGUUGGGAGUGAGCAGCCCACCCGAGCUGAUCCAAGGGAUUUUUAACGUGCCGUCUCUUGCACACGUCAAUACAGAUAUGACGCAGCUGCCUGAGGUGGGAAGCCCACACUCCCAGCAGCUCCGAAUGCUAAUGGGCAUCGUCCAGCGGAAGAGGCCGUACUCCAUGAAGCUCACCAUAGUGAAGCAGCGGGAGCAGCCAGAGGCGGCCUUCCGCCAGCUCCUGGUGGAGGACCGGGGCCUGCACGGAGGCUCUUCCUACGUGGAUUUUCUCUGCUGUGUCCACAAGGAGAUAUGCCAGCUGCUCAGCUAGCCGGGGCCAGCGGUCUCUGGGCACCCACGUUUCCAGAAGGCAGCAGGCUUGCUCUGAUGCCCGCCACCCUGCAGGGACGCACUGGGGAGCGCAGAGAAGGCGCCUCGUAUCAUGAAGGAAGAGCCUACUUCUGAUUGCAAGGUUUUAAUUUUUAAAACUGAUGCAGUUUGCAUUUGAUGAAGAACAGAGUUUACAGAAUAUUCUCAAUUUCUUUCUUUGUGCUAGACAUAUAAAUUAUUUUUUAAACUGUAUAGAUUUGGGGUAAAAAAUUGUCUUGGUUCCCCUCCUAUUUCCAGUGAGGGGAAAAACUUAAUUUUUACAUUAAACCUAAUUUUUUUAAACCACAUAGCUCCAUUGAACAUACUUUUCAAUGAAGAUUUGCAGAUUUUAAUAACUUGGACUCUAUCUAGUAGAACAAUGUGUGCUCUACUCUUUUUUCAUAAUUAUAUAUUGUCUUUAUUUUCCAGUUGUUUUGUCUAUAAAACUGUCUUAGUAUUCUUAAUGGUUCUUUGUACAAUUUCAGCAGUUUCUACCUGUAUAUAAUGAAUCUUUACCUGUAACAAUAAAUAACUUCAUA